AUGACAAACUUAGAAAACAUCUGCGGUAAAUUUAACUCUUCAAUAGAGAAUAUGAAACUUAUAGUAUGUAACGAACUUCAAAGUAUAGAUACAACAAAGGUUUUAAACUCGGAUGCUUUGAAGAGUCUUAUAACAGACAAAGUUGGAGUUGUUGAAAGAAAAUAUAAAGACCAAAGAGUUUGUGAAAAUGUUGCAAAUUUCAUCAUGGUUUCAAACAACGCCGUUCCGAUGAAGUUAGAAAGUUCUGACAGAAGAUAUGUAGUUGUCAGAACGUCAGAAGCUCAUAUGCAAGAUACAGAAUAUUUUGACGACUUAGCAGAAACUUUGACACCUAACUUUUACAACCACUUGUUCUCAUAUUUCAUGACAUUAGAUAUUUCUAAGUUCAAUCCAAGACAAAUUCCACAUACCGAAGAGAGACAAACAUUGUUAGAAGCAAACAAGAGUGUAUAUGAACUGUUUAUAGAUGAGACUGACUUUGAGUGUUUAGAUGAAAGGUCAUUGUACGAUUCGUAUAAACAGUAUUGCCAAGAGUAUGGUUAUAUGGCAGCUUCUAAACGAACAUUCUUGGCAAAUGUCAAAAAUCUUUUAGACGUACAGAAUGGUGUAUAUACAAAGAAAAAUUUUUCUGAGUAA